AUCCUGCCCACCAACCGGAGCGGGAAACACGACGAGUACACAAGAGACGCAGUCCCAGGGUGGCAUUCCCGAUUUUCCCAUCCCUACAAACGAUUAUUGGCGCGACAUGACGUCAAUCUUCUCCUCGCGUUUCAUGGAAAUGGACCACGACACGCCGACCCCGACAGUGACCAGUUGCUCGACGGUCGGUCGUCUUUACGAGCUUGGAGCCACGUAGAUCUUAGAGUUCCGAGGGAGGGGGUGGAGAGGAGGAAUAUCGGCCCCGGGCGGAUUCUUGACUGCUCCUCCCCUCCCCCUCCCCCUCCCCCUCCCUCUCUCUCCUCCCCUCCCUCUCUCUCCUCCCCUCUCUCUCUCUCCUCUUCCCCUACCUCCCCCCCUCUCUUCCUCCAUUUUCGUCCCUCGCUGUAAUCUCCCCAACUGAACGUAAAGACCUGGAUCGAAAAACGGACAAGCUGCAACGAGCAAUGGCCUACAGCUCCAAAGGCGUCUAUCCGCGGCCCGACUUCGUUCACAGCAAUCACCGGUGGACGCCUCUUAACGAGGGCUGGUCGAUCCUCUUCGAUGACGAAGAUGUCGGUCUCGUCGAGGCGUGGCAUAUUAAUGGCAUCCCAGAGAAGGUAUCUGUCGCUUCUCCCACCGAAUCUGGCAGCGAACGAGCUGAAGUUCAAGCUCAAAAAUUGGCUGCCUUUCCGGAGCUAAAGGCACAGGGCUUUCGAGCUCCUGGGGAACAAGGUCGUGUGUACUCCAAGCGGCCGAUCAACGUGCCGUUCGUGUUCCAGACGCCAGCAUCUGGGAUUCACGACAAAGAUGCGCACGAGAUCUUGUGGUACGAAAGGACCGUGACGGACCCGCGCGUGGACACCGAGAUCAAAGCCGGGGAUAGAGUCCUAGUCCGCUUCGGCGCCGUGGACUACGAUGUGACCAUAUGGGCCUCGGGGUAUCCUAUAGGUCGGCAUACGGGUGGACAUGUGCCCUUCGACGUUGACGUCACCGACGCGUUGUCAAACACCUGGAAGAGUACCGGCAAGGGGGAACUCAACCUCAUAUUGCGUAUUAGAGACUCUCCGCACGACCUUACCCAACCCCGCGGGAAGCAGUACUGGGCUCCUCAGCCAGAAAGUAUUUUCUAUACGCCGUCGAGCGGGAUCUGGCAGCCCGUCUGGCUAGAGGUCGUCCCAUCCGUACGAAUAGGCAACAGCAGUGCAGGCACGAUACUGAGAUCGAACAACAUCUCCGAAGGGCUCCUAGACGCCACAGUAGCUAUUAUAGGACGGAGAGCGGGCCACGAGUAUACCGUCGAGAUUGAGGGUAGCCUCCACGGGUCUCACAUCGCGAAGGAGGCGGAAAGGUUGCCUAGCGAUAAGGACCACGUCUCGAUCAGCCUGGGCUUAUCACUUAGAGACGAGCAGAAAAAGCAGGCACCACCGUCCCUCGCCCAAGCUGCCCCAUACGAUGAUACCGACUGCUGGCGCGGGAAUUUGGCACUAUGGUCUCCAGACCACCCGACCCUAUACGACCUAUCCAUAAGACUCUACCGCUCAGACGGCAAUCUCGUGGACGAAGUGCAGACCUACACCGGAUUCCGACACCUGGAGUGGACUCGCGGCGACAGCGCUAUCCGACUAAACGGGAAGCCUUUGUUCCAAGCUUUCGUUCUCGACCAGGGGUAUUGGCCCGAGACCGGCAUUACGCCACCUUCUCCCGAGAGUCUCAGGACGGAUAUCGAGCUGACCAAGAAGAUGGGCUUCAACGGUUGUCGCAAACACCAGAAGGUCGAGGACCCCGUCUUCUUCUACUGGGCUGAUAAGCUUGGGUUCCUCGUCUGGGGCGAGAUGGCAAACGCCUACUCGUUUGACGAGGAUUACGCGGAGAGGUUCAGCCAGGAAUGGCUAGAGGCCGUGAAGCGGGAUAUCAACCACCCCUCAAUCGUUACUUGGACCCCAGUUAAUGGUAUCUGGGCCUAUCCAAACCUAAAGGAAGACGUACACCAGCGGAAUCACAUCCGCUCGCUGUAUUACAUGACAAAGACUCUGGACCCAACGCGGCCUAUAAACGACAACUGCGGCUGGGAACAUGUUUGCACAGACCUGAGCACCUUCCACGACUACACUGAUCAUCCAAAGCUCUCUGAAACGUGCGCUACGCUGGAAGGCAUACUGAGCAAUAAGCUGGCCGGUAGGGACUUUUUCGUAGGCCCCGUGUUGCGUAGUGACGGUAAGACCGUCGCCGACAGCGGGACCAAGCAUCGCGAGGGUGCACCCGUCAUUUGCACCGAGUUCGGCGGCGUCAACAUCGCGCCCGCGGAAGACCUAGAGGAAGGCCGCGAGCGCGAUUGGGGAUACACGACGGCAAGCGAUCCGAAGGACCUACUCAAGAGAUUCGAGGCUCUGCUACGGGCGGUUGUCACCGGGGGUCACAUUUGUGGGUUAGUGUAUACCCAGCUUUAUGACGUCGAACAGGAAGUCAACGGCCUAUAUUCGUUUGAUAGGAGAGAGAAAAUCGCGGCAGCCGACGUCAAGAAGGUCGUUAACGCGGUGAAGGAGCAAUACUACAGCAGCCUUCCAAAAGGGCCGUAGUUCGAGGCGAGCGGAUCCUUGCUUCCCGCGGCGCUCCGAGAACACCUCGAGUAGGAUCGGAGAUCAGCAUGUUCGAGAUGGACGGAAACGUAGUCGAGAAGAUAGUGUCACACCAGGCCAUCGUGAAUUAGCUAGCUGGCAUAAACACUCAGAGAGGAGCUAUCGGCUUAGAAAGGGAUGAUCAAGAUUUUUAUCGGUUAGUAGACAGGUGGCUUUAUAUGUGCCUGUGUCGUUCUCUCGGGAGGUGAGCUGAGAGGCUAUACAAAACGAAAGGGGGGGGUUUUUUUUUAAUAAUAAUAAAAAAAAGGCUCCUAUACCUGGGUAGCUACCUAGGUUAGGUAGCUAUUUAUAUCCAA